UGAUACAAGCGAUUCCAGCUUCCCUCGGUCUGACAUUCUUUCCAGUCUACCGCCAAAAGAACAACAAGAUGGCGUCUGAAAUGUUAGUACUUGAGAACUUUAUCGGUGGAAAAUUCGUACCUUGUACGAAUCACAUUGACAGCUAUGACAAAUCAACGGGGAAGGUGCACUGUAAGGUUCCAGACUGUAAUGAAGACGAAGUCGAUUUAGCUGUCAAGGCUGCAAAUGAGGCGUUUGAAAGCUGAUCUGUCACCACACCAGAGUAUAGGGCAGGUAUAAUGAGAAAGAUUGCUGAUCUCAUUGAAACCCAAUUUGAUGAAUUUGCUGAGGCAGAGUCAAAAGACCAAGGGAAACCAGUGUUGCUGGCAAGGACAGUUGACAUUCCACGUGCUUGCCUUAACUUUAGAUUCUUUGCUUCAACAAUUAUAAGUUCCUCAGCUGAAAACCAUGCCAAUGUUCUAGAAAGUGUUGGUGUACUGAAUUGCACUAUCCGGAGUCCAGUUGGCGUGGCUGGAUUGAUCUCCCCUUGGAAUUUGCCUAUUUAUCUCCUUACUUUCAAGAUUGCACCUGCAAUUGCUUCUGGAAACACUGUUGUCUGCAAACCAAGUGAAAUGACAUCUGUGACAGCAUGGAUGAUGGCAAAGGUGCUCAAUGAAGCAGGCCUGCCUCCUGGUGUUGUUAACCUAGUGAUGGGCACGGGACCCAAAGCGGGAGCUGCCAUCGUUAGACACCCUGAUGUUCCUGUGAUUUCAUUCACUGGUUCAACUGUCACAGGUCAAGCCAUCACAGAAAUGACAGCUCCUUACUAUAAGAAAACUUCAUUGGAACUUGGAGGGAAGAAUGCAGCAAUUAUUUUUGAUGAUGCAGAUUUAGAGAAAUCCAUAGCAACAACUGUCAGGUCCAGUUUCGCUAAUCAAGGAGAGAUUUGUCUCUGCACUAGUAGAGUUUAUGUGCAAAAAGGAAUUUAUGACCAAUUUUUGGGUUUUGUGGAACGAACGAGGCAACUCAAGGUCGGUGCUCCAAAAGAUCCAGCAACCAAUGUCGGGGCGUUAGUCAGCAAGGAACACUUGGCUAAGGUCCUUGGAUAUGUGAAACUUGCUGUGAAUGAAGGUGGAAAAAUUGUUUGUGGCGAAGGAAAGGACUCUCCUUUGGAACUCCCGAACCCUUAUACGGAGGGAUACUUCAUGCGACCCACGGUGAUCACUGGUUUGUCAGACAACACCCGCUGCAUGCAAGAAGAGAUAUUUGGUCCAGUAGUGGCGAUUGUACCAUUUGAAAACGAGGAAGAGGUUAUCAAGCGAGCCAAUGGUGUCAAGUAUGGACUAGCUGCAGUGAUUUGGUCAGAGAAUCUGUCGCGCACUCACCGAGUAGCUAAACGCUUACAGGCAGGGACAGUGUGGUGCAAUUGCUGGUUGGUCCGUGACCUUAACAUGCCUUUUGGAGGAGUCAAAGCUUCUGGGAUUGGCCGAGAAGGAGCCAGAGAGUCCUAUGAGUUCUACACAGAAGUAAAAACAGUUUGCGUGAAGAUGUAGUGUCCACCGUAUCAUUACUUUUAGGCGUGA